CUCAGCCGCUUCCUCUCUCUCUCCUCGAUUCCUCCAGCAGGAAUAGAUCUGCCCCAUCAGAGAUCGCUCAUCCAGCAGCGCAGAGAUGUUGGCCCUCAUCCACCGGUUCCUGGACUGGUUCAGGUCGCUCUUCUGGAAGGAGGAGAUGGAGCUAACGCUGGUGGGACUGCAGUACUCUGGAAAAACCACUUUUGUCAACGUGAUUGCUUCUGGUCAGUUCAAUGAAGACAUGAUCCCUACAGUUGGCUUCAACAUGAGGAAAGUCACCAAAGGCAACGUAACAAUAAAAAUUUGGGAUAUAGGCGGGCAGCCGCGGUUCAGGAGCAUGUGGGAGCGAUACUGCCGGGGCGUCAAUGCCAUCGUGUAUAUGGUUGACGCUGCAGAUCGUGAAAAGGUCGAAGCUUCGAGAAACGAGCUACACAACUUGUUAGACAAACCACAGCUGCAAGGCAUUCCUGUACUUGUCCUUGGCAACAAAAGAGACCUCCCCAGCGCACUAGACGAGAAACAAAUAAUCGAAAAGAUGAACCUGUCUGCCAUUCAAGACAGAGAGAUCUGCUGCUACUCCAUUUCAUGCAAAGAGAAAGACAACAUAGAUAUCACUCUGCAGUGGUUGAUCCAGCAUUCAAAAUCUCGGAGAAGUUGAAAGCAGACCCCGUCCUGCCCGUAACUCAGUCCUGCCCUUGUUCCAGCUCCCAGCUCAGCCCAGCGCUCUUCAAACCGGCCGGCUCUUCCUGUGAGCAGUGACGCAGUCCCUCUCAGCCGCAUCUGUCUGUCCAGUAGCUGCCCGUCUCAUUCACUCUCUAUUACACACAGUAAACUGUCAGUAAAGCAUCUUCACCGGUGGGGCUCAGACUUCACUAAACACAUGGUUGCUAUCAGUUGGCCAGUUUUGUUGGCUGAAUGGAUUUUUAAAUUUUUAGUUUAAGCCAAACCUCUUAUGGUAAACCUUGAUAUGGUUUAAUAGUUUGCCUUCUUAUCCUGUGAAAUAAGUUUGUGGUAUUGUUUGGGGUUUUCUUUUAUUCUGCUUAGUUUAUUGUUUUUGUAUAAUUUAUUGCGGUAAAGUAUUUUUACCACAAAGAAUGUUUAUAAUGAACUUUUGAGUAGGUAGUAUUGUACAUUUAGGGUUUCAAUACAUUUUAAAUGUACACUACUUUUCAAAAGUUUGAGGGCAUAAAGAUCUUUUAUUAAAUAUAUAUAUAUAUAAAAAAAAUUAAUACUACUUUUAAGCAAAGAUGCAUUAAAUCGAUCAAAAGUGACAGUAAAGACAAAUAAAUGCUCUUUACUUGAACUUUCUGUUUUCUUUUCUUUGGUUUCUACAAAAAUAUUAAGUAACUUUAAUAAAAAUAAGAAAUGUUUCUUGAGCAGUAAAUCAGCAUAUUAAAAUGAUCUCUGAAGGAUCAUGUGACACUGAAGACUGGAGUAAUGAUGCUAAAAAUUCAGCUUUGCCUCACAAGAAUAAAUUACAUUUUAAAAUAUAUUCAAAUAGAAAAGUUAUUUUAAAUGAUGAUAAUAUUUUAUUAUUUAAUAUUUAACCCUAGUAAAUUUACUAGUAUCCUACUAAAUUUAACAAUUUAGUAAUAUUUAACAAUAUUACUGUAUUGUUACUGUAUUUUUGAUCAAAUGAAUACAGCUUUGGUGAGCAUAAGAGACUUAUUAUAAGAGACAAAAAAUAUUACUGACCCAAACUUUUGAACGGUAGUGUACAUUCAGCUGAUGUUUUUCCUUUACUCUAUGUAAACUCUAU